UUAGACAAUUACGAAAUCACAACAUACCUACAAUACAAUCUUGAAUCUACAUACUUUAUUAGUUUCAUGAAUCAUAUGUAAAUCUUGACCAUAAAUUGUUUUUAAAUUUUGUGAACAAUAAGAGGCAGAAAGUAUUAGGUACCUAAGUGAGACAAAUUCUUAUUGCUAUAUAUAUAUAUUAUAUUAUAUAUUGCUAUAAAAUGGAUUUAAAUAAACUCCCAAAUGACAAAAAGCUUGAGCUCUGUAGGAACUAUUUCAAAGUUGGAUGUGUAUUUUUGCCAUUUGUGUGGGCUGUUAAUGCAGUGUGGUUCUUUAAUGAUGCAUUCAAAAAAUCACCAUUUGAUGAACAAAAGGAGAUAAAAAAAUAUGUGGUAUUUAGUGCAAUUGGAGCAAUAAUAUGGAUUAUAGUGCUCUCUGUUUGGGUGGCAGCAUUUCAACUGAAUAGAGUGGCGUGGGGCUCAGUUGGAGAUAGUCUUUCUUUUAUUUUACCUUUGGGAAGGGCUUAAAUAUGUUAUAGUAUAAUAAGUAUAAAGCUAAUUUUUUCAUAAGUAAAAUUAUUGUAUAAAAAAAUUUAACAUAUGCCUAGCAUAUAUCACUGGACGUGAGUUGAGUUGUUUAAGGAUCAUACUUAAAAGCAUCAACUGAAAGACUAAAUAUGAUAAAAUCCUGUAUUUAACUCAUUAUAAUGAAUAAAAAAAUAUAUGUCAGGAUUCAUUUGUUUUUUUACUUAUGUAAUAUAUUUUGUUUUAAAUAUCUGUCUCAUUCAGUGUUGGCCUAGAAGGUUCUCUCAUCCCUGAGUUUCUAGGUUCAAACCCUGGCUGUGGACUAAAGAAAUGACUGGGUUUGUUACAGUAUUUUAUUGUAAAGUUUCUUUGUUAAUUAAAUUAAAUCAGUUCGAAAGAAAGAAAAACAUUGUAGGCAAGUUGCUAAAACUGUUGUUUUAUAAUAUCAACCUUACAUACUGACGUGUGGGUAGCAUUUAAAGAAUUUACUAUGAAAAGUAUUAAAAAGAAGUUAAAGUCAAUAUGUUUAUUAUAAAAUAAUAUAAUACUGCUACUCGAUGCGCACGAGUCGCGGCGAUGCCAGCCUCCUGUUCUGACGUAUUUUUUGUACUUCUGAUUUUACUAUUCUGUAAAUAAAGUUUAGUUGUUAAAACCAAAUAAAUAAUUUUUUUUA